UAAUAGCUAGUGAGAGACAAAAUGAAAACUGUCUACUUGGUCGUUGCAAUCUUGGCUUUGGCAUCCUCUGCUGCCUAUGCUUAUGACCCCAGCCCUCUGCAAGAUUUCUGUGUGGGAACCAAUGACCCCAUCAAUGGUGUAUUUGUGAAUGGAAAGUUCUGCAAAGACCCAAAACUUGUCACAGCUGAAGAUUUCUUUCUACAUGUGAAUGCCGCGAAUGUCUCUAACCCACUCGGCGCACAAGUCACUCCCGUUUUUGAUACUCAACUAUUAGGACUAAACACAUUUGGCGUAUCUUUGGCUCGCAUUGAUUUUGCACCAUAUGGUUUAAUUCCUCCACACACUCACCCUCGUGCCACAGAGAUCCUUAUAGUAAUUGAAGGCUCUCUCAUGGUUGGAUUUGUCAGUUCAGACCUAGACAAGAAUCGUUUGUUCACCAAAGUGCUGAAUAAAGGUGAUGUGUUUGUGUUCCCAAUCGGUCUCAUUCAUUUCCAACUUAAUGUGGGAAAGGUUAACGCUGUUUCCAUUUCUGGUCUCGGUAGUCAAAAUCCAGGUCUUAUCACAAUUGCAAAUGCUUUGUUUAAUUCUACUCCACCUAUUUCUCCCGAAAUUCUUGCCAAAGCUUUCCAGAUGGACAAGAGCUUAAUUGGUCAUCUUCAGAAGCAACCUUGGUACAACAACAACAACUAGUUUGAAAACAUGAAUCGUUAUUUCAAUCCGAUAGGGGUGUUUGUUUGAUUUUAGCUUCUCCGAAAAUAUAGUUACUAUAAAUAAUAAUAAAUAAAAUGCAAGUGGGCUAACUUAUAUUUUAUA